CACUUGCUUAGUUUUGUUUUUGUGGGGAGGGCUAAAACCCGCGCAUUGUUCAUUAGAUUAAUUCCUGGAAAUCGUCGUGUCGUUGGUGCUAGCUAACCGUGGCACAUCGCAAAGUUAACAAACGUAACCAAAAGUAUUAUCCCCUUGGUGCCUAGACAAGUGUCAAACAAAGGGGCCUAAAAUAAAAAUAAAAGUAAUAAGAAUCCAACGGAAAGCAAUUCUAGGAAGUAAAAAUGUUCUCACGACCCAGCUUGUGCGGAACUGUGGGCAAAUUGUGCCGCUGCGGCACUUCAGCAACAGGCAUAACUACGGUGGCAGCAGCAACAGUGCCGGCCGCUCGUCAUUAUCACGAGGUGGUGGGUGAUAUCGUCUGCCCCUCUCAGGUGCGCGGCAUAGAUCACAUCCGUGAUCCGCGACUCAACAAGGGCCUGGCCUUCACCCUCGAGGAGCGCCAGACGCUGGGCAUUCAUGGACUGCAGCCGGCGCGCUUCAAGACCCAGGAGGAGCAGCUGCAGCUGUGCAAGAUUGCCGUGAACCGCUAUACGGAGCCGCUUAACAAGUACCUCUACCUGAGCGAUCUGUACGAUCGUAAUGAGCGCCUGUUCUUCCGCUUCCUGUCGGAGAACAUUGAGGAUUUGAUGCCUAUUGUCUAUACGCCCACAGUGGGUUUGGCGUGCCAGCGUUUCGGCCUGAUCUACAGGCGUCCUCAUGGUCUCUUCAUCACCUACAAUGAUCGCGGUCACAUCUUCGAUGUGAUGAAGAACUGGCCAGAGCCGAAUGUCCGUGCGAUCUGCGUGACAGAUGGCGAGCGUAUCCUGGGUCUGGGAGAUUUGGGCGCCUGCGGCAUGGGCAUUCCCGUGGGCAAGCUGGCCUUGUACACGGCAUUGGCCGGAAUCAAACCUCACCAGUGUCUGCCAAUUUUGGUGGAUGUGGGCACCAACAACAUCGAUCUGCUGGAAGAUCCUUUGUACGUGGGUCUGCGUCAAAAGCGAGUGGUUGGAAGGGAGUACGACGACUUCAUCGACGAGUUCAUGGAGGCGGUUGUGCAGCGCUAUGGCCAAAACACCCUAAUCCAAUUCGAGGACUUCGGCAACCACAAUGCAUUUAGGUUCCUGGACAAGUACCGCAACACUUACUGCACCUUCAACGACGACAUCCAGGGAACCGCGUCCGUGGCUGUCGCCGGCCUCUAUGCCUCGAAGCGUAUUACGGGCAAGUCCUUCAAGGACUACACCUUCCUGUUCGCCGGAGCCGGCGAGGCAGCCAUCGGCAUCGCCGAUCUGACGGUCAAGGCCAUGGUGCAAGAUGGCGUGCCCAUUGAGGAGGCCUACAACAGGAUAUACAUGGUGGACAUCGACGGCCUGCUGACCAAGAGUCGCAAAGUGGGCAGCUUAGAUGGCCAUAAAAUCCACUACGCCAAGGACAUCAAUCCCAUGACGGAUCUCGCCGAGAUUGUCUCCACCAUCAAGCCCAGUGUGCUUAUCGGAGCUUCGGCCGCUGCUGGCAUUUUCACCCCUGAGAUCCUGCGCACUAUGGCGGAUAACAACGAAAGGCCCGUGGUGUUCGCCUUGUCCAAUCCCACCAGCAAGGCGGAGUGCACCGCCGAGGAUGCUUAUAAGAAUACAGAUGCUCGCGUAAUCUUCUCGUCGGGCUCUCCGUUCCCACCUGUCCAGGUCGGCGACAAGACCUUCUAUCCGGGUCAGGGCAACAACGCCUACAUCUUCCCAGGCGUGGGCUUGGGCGUGAUCUGCACGGGCACCCACCACAUACCCGACGAAAUGUUCCUCAUCGCCGCCCAGGAGUUGGCCAACUUUGUUGAGCCCAGCGACAUUGAGCGCGGAUCGCUGUAUCCUCCUCUAUCGAGCAUCCGGGAAGUGUCUAUGAAUAUUGCCGUUGGCGUGACCAAGUGUGCCUACGACAGAGGCCUGGCAUCUACCUAUCCGGAGCCGCAGGACAAGCGCAAGUGGCUGGAGAACCAACUGUACAACUUCAACUACGAGAGUUCCAUGCCUGCAACCUGGGUCUGGCCACGGAUGCCCUACAUUAAGACUCGCGAAGAAAGCCCGCUCAUUGCCGCCAUCAAAUAAAAAAGCAUUAAAGCGUUCAACUGAUUGAUGGCACCGUUCUGUUUUGCAUCUAACACACUCUACUACUUCCAAGCGUACACCAUCAGCACCAAGCAACCAACCGACUACUAACAAGCCUACUCUAAAUUAGAUAAAUUUCAAGUGCUCACUCUAUUUAAAUGUUUGUUGAUCGAUCCGUUGACUCCGUCAGUCAAACUCUGAGAUUCGGUUCUCCAGCUCCAGCUACUCAUAGCCUUGUUGACUUAAGAAACUAUUGCAAAAAAUUGUUAAUAACACCAGACCAGUAGUCAUGGAUACGGGAGAGUUAAAACAUGUGCGGUGGGCGACGGAGACAACGGAUUAGUUCUUAAGUGUAUUUUCAAAUUGUUCUUAGUAUUAUGUAUGUAUGGCGUGUUUUUAUAUUUGUAUAAAUUAUCAUGUUAUUAAUUUUGUGAUACCAAACCGAUACCAAAUGACGACAAUGACGACUGUGACGAUGACUACGCCUCUGAAAAAGCAAUUACGCAGUAUUCUAUCCUAUUGCUAUCCUAUCUGUAUUUAUUCUGUGCUAUGUUUAUGGUUUGCUGUAUCUAACCACCCAAUUGGCUUUGCAGUUCCAUUCCCUCUUCGCUUGCAUAUAUCUCCUGCAUUCUCUGUGCAUCCCAGCUUCCGAUCUGAUAUGCUCUGUCUACUACUACUAACUCCGACGGCGGCAUCAAGCGAGCUCUAAAGCUACAUAUACCUAGAAAUUCACGCUUUUUCACAAACCCGAAAUUCGACAAUUAAUUUAUUUAUCUAUUGCUAUAUGUUCCUUUCGUUGACAUACAGAGAGCGAAGAACUUAUGUAAAUUAUUGAACCCCAACCAACCGACCGCCUAGAACAAUUGGCUAGACAGCAGAGCUAACUGGUGAGAGCAACCCAACCAACCAUGCAACCGAUUCCACAUGUAAAACAACUUAAUUCGCUGCCGUUAACCUCCAACUAUCUAAGUUAAUACAUUAUGAUUUCUAUCUUUUUGUUCCAUUAUAUCUAAAGAUAUAUUUGAGUGACGAUUAUUUUUGUUGUUGAGCCAUGUCUGAUAUUUAUUAACGCAAUUAAGCAGCUUUGUUAUAAUUUAUUGUUACCAAGAUCAAGCUAAUGUAUCAAUAACUAGAAACCCUAAACCUAAUGAUCGAUCGGACCGAUUUAGCCAUUGAACCACUGACUAGAUGAUGAUGAUGUGCGAUAAACAAUAAAAGAAAACACAAGUUAAA